GUCAUGUGACCCGCUCAGUGGUGGGCACCGCGCAUGACACAUAGUCGGAGCUUAAAUAAUGCUCGUUCCCUCCCCUUCCCCGCUUCCUCCACUUAACAGAGGAGGAAACUGAGGCACACGGGGACAGGAACGCCCUUCCUGAAGUCGCUGGGUAGUCAGUGAGCCGCGGAUGGGCUUUAGUAGCUCCCCAGGAUGGAAGAUCAAUGACGUAAACGGGGGCGGGAGAACUCCUCAGGGCAAAGUGACUCAGAUUACCCCCCCCCAACAGCUUUGCCCCCUUCUUGGAGACUACAUUACCCAGGAGCCUCUGCUCACACCCCAUUUCCCCACCCGCAGGCGGUCCUCCCUAUGGACUACAUUUCCCAGAAGCCUCUGCUCCCAUCACGCCCCCCGGAAGGUCACCAGGGUUAACGGAGCUAGGAGAACGAUGGCGGCGGCGGUGACAGCGGCGUGGGCGCAGCGGCUGGCGGGCGUGCGCGGGCUGCUGCUCGACAUCUCCGGGGUGCUCUACGACGGCGGCGAUGGCGGUGGCACGCCCAUUCCCGGCUCCAUCGAGGCCGUGGCCAGGAUCAAGCAGUCGGGCCUGAAGCUGCGGUUCUGCACGAAUGAAUCCCAGAAGUCUCGGGACAAGUUUGUGGGAUUGCUUCGGCGUUUGGGAUUCGACAUCUCGGUGGAUGAAAUCACGUCUCCUGCCCCGGCCGCUCGCCAGAUUCUGAAGGAGCGGGGUCUGCGGCCCUACCUGCUGGUCCAUGACGAUGUCCGCUCUGAAUUCGAGGGGAUGGACACCUCGGACCCCAACUGCGUCGUCAUCGGAGAUGCUGGGGACGGCUUUUCUUACCAGAGCAUGAACGAGGCCUUCCGGGUCCUCAUCGAUCUGGAAAAUCCGGUGCUUCUGUCCCUGGGAAAAGGACGCUACUACAAGGAGACCGACGGCCUGAUGCUCGACGUUGGUCCGUACAUGAGGGCGCUGGAGUACGCCUGCGACAUCCAGGCCCAGGUGGUGGGAAAGCCGGCCCCCGAGUUCUUCCAGGCGGCCUUGAAGGAGAUGGGCACGGAGGCCCACGAGACCCUCAUGAUCGGAGAUGACAUUGUGAGCGACGUCGGAGGGGCCCGGCACUGCGGGAUGCGGGCGCUGCAGGUGCGCACAGGGAAGUUCAGGGUGAUUUCAGAGAGGCCUGAGAGACUGACAGGAGCUGAUGCUGAGGGAAAGAAGCAGGGACAGGAGAUCAGUGUACUCGGCGACAAGAAGAUCAUGCGAUGAUCCAUCUGAGGGACGCGGCUCUUCUCAGCAAUGAGAUGACUGAAGACAGUUCCAAUAGACCUAGAAUGAGAAAUCCCACCCGCACCCAGAGAGAAAGCCAUGGAGACUGAAGGUAGAUCGAAGCCUAGACUUUCCCCCUCUUUCCCCCUUUGUUUUUUCUUUCUCGUAGUUUUUUUUUCCUUUUGUUCAGAUUUCUCCAACAUGAUUCCCAUGGAAAGAUGUAGCACUGAGUGUAGAUGGCACCUAAAAAUGAACAAAACGAAAAGAACUAAGCCCAUCCAAGGACUGAGUCAAAGGACGGGGUCUUAGCUGGGAUCCUCAGACAUCGGGCCCAGAAAGCUCCCCGCUUCACCUGGAGGACGAACCCACGAGGAGCUCCUGGAGCAUUCUGGGCCGGGGAGGGCCGGGGCCGAGUCAGCGGGACAGCGGCAGGAGAGAAAAAGCAGGUUUCCCUCUGCAACAUUUUAAAACAAACUCGGGUCAGCGCCUCUGAGUCUAGUUUAAUCCAGAUGGACGUAGCCCGGAUGAAUCUGAGCAGAGCCCGUGAUGGAAACACACUUAAACGGCCGUGCUAUUCCUGGCCUCUGCAGUUUACACAAAUGUCUUGUUUCUCGGCUCUUCCUGUUGGCUCUGAGGCCAUUCAUCCUCCACGGGACACAUGUGGGAGCCAUCGGGAGCCUCAGACAACUCCUUUCAUCCAGAGGAAAAAGAUGGAGAGAGACACACACAUACACACAGAGACAGAGACAGAGAGAAAGAGACAGAAUGAGACAGAGAGAGACAGAGACAAAGAGAGACAGAGAGAGAGAGAGAGACAGAGAGAAAGACAGAGACAGAGACAGAGACAGAGUGAGAAAGAGGGAGAGUACGACAGAAAGUCACACCCACACAGAGUCAGAGAGAAAGAGACAGAGAGACAGAAUGAGACAGAGAAAAUCACACACACACAGAAAGAGAGAGUGAGACAGAGGGAAAGAAAGAGACAGAGUGAGACAGAGAAAAUCACACACACACAGAGGAAAAGUCAGAGAGACAGAGACAGAGGGAGAUAGAGAGAGACAGAGAAAAUCAUACACACAGAGAGAGGAAGGGAGAAAAAGACAGAGACAGAGUCGGAGACACACAGAGAGAGACAGGAUCAGAGAGAGAUAGAGAGACAGAGACAGAUAAAGAGACAGAAAGAAACAGAGAGCGACAGUGAGACAGAGUUAGAAAGAAACAGAGAGAGAGAGAGACAAGAAUCAGAGAGACAGAAUGAGACAGUAUCAGAGAGAUAAAGAGAAAGAUAGAAAGAAACAGACAGAGCAAGACAGAGUCAGAGAGAUAAAGACAGAGUGAAAGACAGAGACAGAAAUAGAGUAAGACAGAGACAGAGUGAAACAGAGAGACAGAAUUAGACAGAGAGAGAGAUACAGAGAGACGCAGAGAGAGAAUAGAAUAGUGGCCAGAGGAAGGAGAGAAUGAAAGGAUGUUCUCUGAGACCAGAGUUCCAGAGGUCAAAUUUAAAAGGGAAAAGGGGAGGAAGUCUUGGUAAAUAAAUCAUGGAGACAAAGAAACAGCUGCUGUAGAACAUGACAGAAGGGAAAAUUUAGGUAGAAAAAAAAAGACCAAUCAUCCUUCUCUCUCAUUUAGUAAAUCCAGACAGGGGAUUAUUUAGCAGAAUGUUGACCUGGUCUAUUGGGAAGAGAACAAGACUAAGCAUGAAUGAACGAAAAUGAAAGAAAGAAAGAACGAAAAAAGGAAGGAAGGAGGGAAGAGAAAGAAAGAAGGAAAGCAAGAAAGAAAGAAAGAAAGAAAGAGAGAGAGA